AUGAUUGGACGCGGCGGCGGGGUCACACGCUUAAAACAACAUCUUGUUGGUGGAUAUCCGAAUGUUUCUAAUUGUCCAAAAGUUUCUCAAGAAGUUCGUCGUGCAAUGAAAGAGGAACUUGAUGGCAGAAAAACAUUAAAGUAUAAACAACAACAAGAACGUGAACUUGUUGAUAGUCGAAGCUCUAAAGAACCAAUCUAUGAUGAAAUGGAAGGUCGUGGUGAAGUUCCAAAUGAUGAAGACUUUUUAACAGCUCUCAGUGCCUCUCGAACUCAAUAUGACUAUGAGCAAAAUAUGCAACAUAGAAGUGACUCUGGUGCUAGUGGAAGUGACUCAACUACUGCAUCAACAUUAGGAAGGAGUGCAAGUGUUCGUAUUACUUCAACACAAGGUGCAAACAACACAUACUACCGUAGCAUGGUGUCCAACAUCCAAAAAUCUGGUCCUGGUAUUCAACCUCCGACUGCAUAUGAAAUUGUCGGUCCAUAUUUAGAUGAACAAGUGGAGGAGAUCAAGACUUGGAUCCUAUCAUGCAAGAAACAAUGGAGCUUAUAUGGGGUUACGUUGAUGUGUGAUGGCUGGACAGGACCUACACGGAUGAGCAUCAUCAACUUUCUACUAUACUGCAAUAGAAAGGUGAUAUUUCAUAAAUCUAUUGAUGCAACUACAGACUAUCAUGAUGCACCCUACAUAUUUCGUUUGAUGGAUAGUGUAGUUCACGAGAUAGGUGCAGAACAUAUAGUACAGGUGAUUACAGAUAAUGGUGCCAACUUUAAAAGGGCUGGAGAGAUGUUGGAGCAAAGAUAUCGGUAA